AUGUGGUGCCGGGGGAGGAAGUGCGGCUUGUUUUCUUUCCUCCAGUCUCGGGGCUGCAGGCUGAGCGCGAUGCGCGGAGACCCCCGCGGGGGCGGCGGCGGCCGUGAGCCCCGAUGAGGCCCGAGCGUCCCCGGCCGCGCGGCAGCGCCCCCGGCCCGAUGGAGACCCCGCCGUGGGACCCAGCCCGCAACGACUCGCUGCCGCCCACGCUGACCCCGGCCGUGCCCCCCUACGUGAAGCUUGGCCUCACCGUCGUCUACACCGUGUUCUACGCGCUGCUCUUCGUGUUCAUCUACGUGCAGCUCUGGCUGGUGCUGCGUUACCGCCACAAGCGGCUCAGCUACCAGAGCGUCUUCCUCUUUCUCUGCCUCUUCUGGGCCUCCCUGCGGACCGUCCUCUUCUCCUUCUACUUCAAAGACUUCGUGGCGGCCAAUUCGCUCAGCCCCUUCGUCUUCUGGCUGCUCUACUGCUUCCCUGUGUGCCUGCAGUUUUUCACCCUCACGCUGAUGAACUUGUACUUCACGCAGGUGAUUUUCAAAGCCAAGUCAAAAUAUUCUCCAGAAUUACUCAAAUACCGGUUGCCCCUCUACCUGGCCUCCCUCUUCAUCAGCCUUGUUUUCCUGUUGGUGAAUUUAACCUGUGCUGUGCUGGUAAAGACGGGAAAUUGGGAGAGGAAGGUUAUCGUCUCUGUGCGAGUGGCCAUUAAUGACACGCUCUUCGUGCUGUGUGCCGUCUCUCUCUCCAUCUGUCUCUACAAAAUCUCUAAGAUGUCCUUAGCCAACAUUUACUUGGAGUCCAAGGGCUCCUCCGUGUGUCAAGUGACUGCCAUCGGUGUCACCGUGAUACUGCUUUACACCUCUCGGGCCUGCUACAACCUGUUCAUCCUGUCAUUUUCUCAGAACAAGAGCGUCCAUUCCUUUGAUUAUGACUGGUACAAUGUAUCAGACCAGGCAGAUUUGAAGAAUCAGCUGGGAGAUGCUGGAUACGUAUUAUUUGGAGUGGUGUUAUUUGUUUGGGAACUCUUACCUACCACCUUAGUCGUUUAUUUCUUCCGAGUUAGAAAUCCUACAAAGGACCUUACCAACCCUGGAAUGGUCCCCAGCCAUGGAUUCAGUCCCAGAUCUUAUUUCUUUGACAACCCUCGAAGAUAUGACAGUGAUGAUGACCUUGCCUGGAACAUUGCCCCUCAGGGACUUCAGGGAGGGGACAGAAGUACUGAAGAAAAGCUGGGAGAAUACAUGCUUUCUCAGUGAUCGGGGAGCAGAGAAAUCCUGGUCAGAUAGGAUAAAAGAUUGUCUGUCGCUGAGAAAAAAGAAGAAAGCUGCCCAAUCUGCUGAGCCAGCAGAUGUAAAGAAUGUAAGCUGGAAGCAAGCCAACAAACAAGAAGGACUUCUUGAAGUCAAAAGCUGUCCUUUGGGUCACUCAGAUUUUGAGCUCCACCUCUUCCCUAAAACUGUUCUUUUCCAGUUACCCCACUGCAUCUCCUAUUAGUUUUUUUUCCCCUUUAAACCCAUAUUCUGCUAGAGCUGUCCUACCCUCUCACCUGCCAGAAAUGACUUAGAGCUGAGGGAGUCCUCACUACCUAUAUUGUGAAGAGAAGACCCCCUUUCUACUACAUAGAGGAACAUAAUUAUAAUGAAAAUGACUUACGUGUAUUGAGAAUUAACUAUAUAUUAGAUACUGUUCUAAGCACUUUACAGAUGUUAACUCAGUCCCCACAAUAGGCCCACGACGUAGUUACUAAUAUUACUCCCAUUCUAAGAUGAGGAAAUUGAGGCAUAGAAGUUAUUUGUCCAAAGACACCACCACAGGUUGUGAGCUGUACUCCAUGUUAGGAUUCAGAUGCAGUUUGUUGCUGAAAACAUUUCCUAUGCAUAGUGACUGGCUGGGUUCUCUAGUCAUGCUGUAUACUCUGUGCUCUAAAGAGGUCAGUAGAGUUGUCUGUGGGCAUUUCAGCCCUGUGUGUAGCAUGGUUUUGUGGGAAAAUGGACUUUAAGAGCCAUUUAAAAGAACUUUAGAGUUAUCUAUAGUUUACACAAAAAUCUCAGCUCUGUCUACCUAAACUAGACUAUGUCAUACAUACUAUAUAAUGUUUCAAGUCACUGAAAUAUUUUUUUCUUUUUAAGUUUUGCUCCAGAUUACUAUGAUUGGGGACAACAAACUAACAGCUUCCUGGCACAAGCAGGAACUUUGCAAGACUCAACUUUGGAUCCUGACAAACCAAGCCUUGGGUAGCAUCAGUUAACAGUUUUAUGGACGAUUCCUCAGAUGAAAAGCUUCAGAAAAGCAUAGUGACAGCUGAAUUUUUAGGGCACUUUUCCUUAAGAAAUAGAACUUGAUUUUUAUUUGUUACAGGUUUCCAAUGGCCCCAUAGGACUAAGCAAUAAUGUAGACUGAUAAACCCUUAUUUUAGUACUAAAGAGGGAGCCUUGCUAUUUCAGUGGGUAUAAUUUAAACUUUUUAAAGAAAAUCUGUACUUUUAUAAAGAUGUAUUUUGUAUAACUUAAAUAAUAAUGCUAAAGUAUACUAGGGUUUUUUUUUCUUGAGAAUGUUACUGCAAUUAUGUUGUAGUUUGCACAGACUUUUAUGCAUAAUUCACUUUAAAAAUAUAGAAUAUAUGGUCUAAUAGUUUUUUAAAGCUUUUGGACUAAAGUAUUCCACAAAUCUUACCUCUUUAGGUCACUGAUGGUCACUCCGAUUCUGAGUGCCACAUUGGUAGACUCCUAAAAUACAGUUGACAACUUAGCCAAUUGCAACUCCAGUGUUGAUAAUUAAAAUGAAAUGGUAAAGCAGCAGACUGUAAGGUCUUUAGAGAUUUUUUUUUUAAGGUUCAGGCCGUAGGUUCCUCAAGGAAUCUCUUAAGUUUUGCCCAAAGACUGGUACUUCCUUUCAGUAGGGCGCUAAUGUAUACACAUUAAUGAUAAGUUGAUAACAUUAAAAAUGUAGCUGACUUAUCCUAUUAAACCUCCUCUGCUAUGUUCACAGA